UGAAAAGUUGCAGGACAUUCCACAGGUCAAAGUACAUCUGUCUGGUUUGCUUUCUCCAAACUUCCACACUCAGUUGGUUGGAGUGGCCUCCCUCUUACCUGACAGCGUAGGAGGGUUGGUGAAGAACAUGUCUUCACCUUUUCUUUGGAGUUUGCUUAUUUUAUUGACAUUUGCUGAAUCAGAUGGCGAAGCUGAAAGACUUGAGUUACAGAGACAAAAAAGAAAUGCUGACCUCCAACAACCUCGGAUGGCAACAGAGAGAGGAAAUUUAGUGUUUCUUACUGGGUCUGCUCAAAACAUUGAAUUUAGAACUGGAUCCCUGGGAAAAAUUAAAUUAAACGAUGAAGACCUUGGUGAAUGUUUACAUCAGAUCCAGAAAAACAAAGAUGAUAUUACAGAUUUAAAAAGGAGCGCAGUUGGUCUGCCGCAAAAUAUUUCUAGUCAAAUCCAUCAGCUUAAUUCCAAGUUUGUGGAUCUUGAGAGAAAGCUUCAAAGCAUACAGCAGACAGUGGACAGAAAGGUUUGCAGCAGCAACCCCUGCCAAAACGGCGGAACCUGUCUCAAUCUUCAUGACUCUUUCUUCUGUAUCUGUCCCUCACAGUGGAAGGGUCCUCUAUGCUCGGUUGAUGUUAAUGAGUGUGAGAUUUACUCAGGAACACCCUUCGGCUGCCAGAAUGGAGCCACGUGUAUAAAUACAGCAGGAAGUUACAGCUGUCACUGCUCGCCUGAGACACACGGCCCCCAGUGUGCAUCCAAAUACAAUGACUGUGAAAGAGGUUCCAAGGCGCUGUGUGUGCACGGCAUCUGUGAGGACCUGGUCCGCGUGCAGGCAGGACAGCCCAAGUACAGCUGCAUCUGCGAUGCUGGGUGGACGUCCCCGAACGACAGCUCGCCUUGCACGCUGGACAGAGACGAGUGCAGCCUCCAGCCGGGGCCUUGCUCUGCACUUGCGCAGUGUUUCAACACUCCAGGCUCUUUCUAUUGUGGGGCCUGCCCCACAGGCUGGCAAGGAAAUGGAUACGAAUGCCAAGAUAUCAAUGAAUGUGAGAUGAAUAAUGGCGGUUGUUCUGUGGCUCCACCUGUUGAGUGUGUGAAUACACCUGGGUCUUACCACUGCCAGCCCUGUCCACCAGGGUACCAGGGUGAUGGAAGAGUAUGCACACUUAUAGACAUCUGCUCGGUCAAUAACGGGGGCUGCCACCCACACGCGUCAUGCUCCUCAGUUCCAGGUUCCUUACCUUUUUGCACUUGUCUCCCGGGAUAUACUGGAAAUGGCUAUGGCCCAAAUGGAUGCGUGCAACUCAGCAAUAUUUGCCUGAGUCGCCCCUGUUUAAAUGGACAAUGCAUUGAAACAGUCUCUGGUUAUCUUUGUAAGUGUGAAUCGGGUUGGGCUGGUAUCAACUGCACAGAAAACAUCAAUGAGUGCCUGAGCAACCCCUGUUUGAAUGGAGGAACUUGUGUUGAUGGCAUUAAUGCUUUCACCUGUGAAUGCACACGUUUUUGGACUGGAUCUCUCUGUCAGACUCCCCAGCAAGUUUGUGGAGGGUCCCUCUCAGGGAUGAAUGGCAGCUUUAGCUACAGGAGCCCUGAUGCUGGGUAUGUUCAUGAUGUUAACUGCUUCUGGGUGAUCCGAACUGAAGGAGGAAAGGUGCUGCGUAUCACUUUCACGUUUCUCCAGUUAGAAUCAGUGAACAAUUGUCCACAUGAGUUUCUUCAGAUUCAUGAUGGCGAUUCCUCUGCAGCAUUUCAACUUGGAAGGUUCUGUGGCUCCAGGCCCCCUCAAGAACUCCUCAGUAGUGACAAUGCUCUCUAUUUUCAUUUCUAUUCUGAACAUUUAAGAAAUGAGAGAGGCUUUACAAUAAGAUGGGAAACACAGCAACCAGAGUGUGGAGGUGUACUGACUGACACUUAUGGUUCUAUUACGUCUCCGGGAUAUCCUGGAAACUAUCCCCCAGGAAGAGACUGCGUCUGGAAAGUUGUAACCAGCCCCGGCCUUCUGAUAACGUUCACUUUUGGGACCUUGAGUCUGGAGUAUCAUGAUGAUUGCAGCAAAGACUACCUUGAGAUUCGAGAUGGCCUUUUGAGUCAGGACCCUGUUCUUGGGAAAUUCUGCACCACUCUCUCUGCCCCACCACUUCAGACCACAGGCCCCUUUGCCAGAGUCCAUUUUCAUUCUGACAACCAGAUUAGCGACCAAGGCUUCCAUAUCACCUACUUCACAUCACUGUCGGAUCUGCAUUGUGGAGGGAACUACACAGACCCGGAGGGCCUUCUCUCUGAGGACUUGUCAGGACCUUUCACUCACAACCAACAAUGCAUCUAUAUUAUCAAGCAGCCCGUGGGAGAACAAAUACAGGUCGCCUUCACCCACGUGGAGCUGGAAGGUCAGAGUGGCUGUUCUCAGAGUUACAUUGAGGUUCGAGAUGAUGCAACCUUACUUGGAAAAGUCUGUGGCAAUGAAACCCUCUCUCACAUUAAAUCCAUUACUAAUAGUAUUUGGAUCAGGCUUAUAAUGGAUGCUUCCGUUGUAAGAGCUAGUUUCAGAGCUGCUUAUCAAGUUGCUUGUGGAGGCGAAUUAACUGGAGAAGGGGUCAUUCGCUCGCCCUUUUAUCCUAAUGUGUAUCCAGGAGAAAGAACUUGCAGGUGGACCAUCCACCAGCCCCAAAGCCAAGUAGUUCUUCUCAACUUCACUGGCUUUGAAAUGGGAAGUUCUGCCCACUGUGACACAGAUUAUAUUGAGAUUGGUAGCAGUUCCAUUUUGGGUUCUAUUGAAAAUAAAAAAUAUUGUGGCACAGAAAUACCUUCAUUUAUAACAUCUGUGUACAAUUUUCUUCAUGUCAUAUUUGUGAAAAGUUCUUCUACUGAAAAUCAUGGUUUCAUAGCCAAGUUCAGUACGGCAGAUUUGGCAUGUGGAAAAAUUCUGACAGAGCCCACAGGAAUCAUUCAAAGUCCUGGCCAUCCAAAUAUCUACCCCCAUGGUGUUAACUGUACCUGGCAUAUAUUAGUGCAACCUGGCUACCUGAUUAAUCUGAUAUUCAAGAGAUUUCAUAUGGAGUUUCAUUACAAUUGCACAAAUGACUACCUGGACAUUUAUGACACUGGUUCUAAGACAUUUCUUGGGAGAUAUUGUGGCAAAUCGAUCCCACCCUCUCUUACCAGCAGUAGCAGCUCAUUAAUGCUGGUGUUUGUGGCUGACUCUGACAUCGCCUAUGAAGGCUUUUUAAUAGAAUACGAGGCAACGAAUGCAUCAGCAGUAUGCUUGGAAGACUAUACAGGAUUAUCUGGGAGCUUCAUGUCUCCAAACUUCCCUAAUAAUUACCCCAACAAUUGGCAAUGCAUUUAUCGGAUCACGGUGGACGCCAGCCAACAGAUUGCACUGCACUUCACAAAUUUCUCCUUGGAGGAGGCCAUCGGUGGAGAAUGCUUAGCAGAUUUUGUGGUCAUCAAAGAUGGAGGCUAUGAAACUUCACCCUCCCUGGGAAAAUACUGUGGCUCAAAUCUACCUCCAAGAAUCAUCUCGCACAGUAACAAACUAUGGUUACAAUUUAAAACUGACUUACUUGACUCAAGGUCUGGAUUCUCAGCUCACUGGGAUGGAUCACUAACAGGCUGCGGGGGGAAUCUCACCACACCCACUGGCACCUUCACGUCUCCCAACUACCCCAUGCCCUACUACCACAGCUCCGAAUGCUACUGGUGGUUGCAGUCCAGCCAUGGCAGCCCGUUUGAACUGGAAUUUGAAGACUUUCACUUGGAGCAUCACCCAAACUGCACUUUAGAUUAUCUGGCUGUAUAUGAUGGCCCGAGCACCAGCUCUCAUCUGCUAACUCAGCUUUGUGGGAGUGAUAAACCGCCUCUCAUUCGUUCUAGUGGAGACAGCAUGUUUUUAAAACUGAGGACAGAUGAAGGUCAACAAGGAGGUGGUUUCCUGGCCAAAUACCAGCAGACGUGUAAGAACGUGCUGAUUGUGAAUCGAACCUAUGGCAUCUUAGAGAGUAUCCAUUAUCCGAACCCCUAUUCUGAGAAUCAGCGUUGCAACUGGACCAUCCAAGCAACAACUGGCAACACGGUGAAUUACACAUUUUUAGGAUUUGAAUUGGAAAACCACAUAAACUGCUCCACAGACUACUUAGAGCUCUAUGACGGCACACGGCGGAUAGGACGUUACUGUGGAGCAGGCAUGCCGCCCUCCGGGAGCACCACGGGCCCCAUUCUUCAAGUGCUAUUCUAUACCGAUGGGGCCGGGCACCAUGAGAAAGGAUUCCAGAUGCAGUGGUUCAUUCACGGCUGUGGUGCGGAGUUAUCUGGGGCCACUGGCUCCUUCAGCAGCCCUGGGUACCCUAACCAGUAUCCCCCCAACAAAGAGUGUAUCUGGUACAUUCGCACAGCCCCCGGGAGUAGCAUUCAGCUCACCAUCCAUGACUUUGAAGUGGAGUAUCACGAAAGCUGCAAGUUUGACGUCCUGGAGAUCUAUGGAGGCCCCGACUUCCACUCUCCCAGAAUAGCCCAGUUAUGUGUCCAGAGAUCAUCUGAGAAUCCCAUGCAGGUCUCCAGCACUGGGAAUGAGCUAGCAAUCCGAUUUCAGACCGACAGCCUCAUAAAUGGGAGAGGCUUCAAUAUCUCAUGGCAAGCGGUCCCCGGAGGUUGUGGUGGGAUUUUCCAGGCUCCCAGUGGAGAGAUUCAUUCCCCGAAUUACCCGAGUCCUUAUCGGAGUAACACUGAUUGUUCCUGGGUCAUUCAAGUCGAAAGACAUCACCGUGUUCUCUUGAACUUCACUGACUUUGACCUUGAAGCUCAGGACUCUUGUAUUGUGGCAUAUGAUGGUUUCAGCUCUGCCACUACCCGCCUUGCUGGUGUGUGUGGAAGACAGCAGCCCAGUAACCCCAUCAUCUCUUCAGGAAACAGCCUUUUUGUGCGAUUUCAGUCUGGCUCUUCCAGACAGAACCGGGGCUUCCGAGCUCAUUUCAGGCAAGCCUGUGGAGGCCACAUCCUCACUGACUCAUUUGGUACGAUAUCCUCUCCAUUGUUCCCUGAAAAGUAUCCAAACAAUCAGAACUGCAGCUGGAUCAUUCAAGCUCAGCCUCCAUUCAAUCAUAUUACCCUCUCCUUUACCCACUUUGAACUGGAAAGCAGCACAACAUGUACCGAAGACUUCUUAGAAAUUUUGGAUGGUGGUUAUGAUGACGCGCCCCUGCGAGGCCGCUACUGUGGUACUACCAUGCCCCAUCCCAUCACUUCCUUCAGCAAUGCUCUGACGCUGAGGUUCAUCUCUGAUUCUGGUGGGAAUUUUGAUGGUUUCCAUGCUACAUUUGCCGCAUCAUCCUCAGCUUGUGGUGGCAACUUCCACAUGGCUGAAGGCAGCUUCAACAGCCCUGGCUACCCGGAAGUUUAUCCCUCUAAUGUGGAAUGUGUCUGGAAGAUUGUCAGUUCCCCUGGCAACCGGCUCCAGCUGUCUUUUAUAACUUUCCAACUGGAAGAGUCUCAAGACUGUAGCCGAGAUUUUGUAGAGAUCCGGGAAGGAAACGCCACUGGUCACUUGGUGGGACGGUACUGUGGAAAUGUCCUCCCCCUCAAUUAUUCCUCUAUUGUUGGGCAUAUCCUGUGGAUUCGGUUUGUCUCCGAUGGCUCCGGUGGUGGCAUAGGCUUCCAGGCCACAUUUACCAACAUAUUUGGCAAUGAUAAUAUUGUGGGAACUCAUGGGAAAGUUGCCUCUCCCUUAUGGCCUGGAAAUUACCCCCACAACUCUGAGUACCAAUGGAUAGUAAAUGUGAAUGCCUCUCAAGUUGUCCAUGGUAGAAUCCUGGAGCUAGACAUUGAAUCGGCAGAAAACUGCUACUAUGACAAAUUAAGGAUUUAUGAUGGGCUUGGCAUUCAUUCCCGCCUGAUUGGGACUUACUGUGGUACCCAGAUUGAAUCUUUUAGCUCCACUAGGAAUUCUUUGACAUUUCGGUUUUCUUCUGACUAUUCAAUCUCGGGGAAAGGAUUCCUUCUGGAGUGGUUUGCAGUGAAUACCUCUGUGGGAACUUUACCCACCAUCACACCAGGUGUGUUUGAUAAACUUGUGAUACGAGACGGAGACAAUGACAUGGCCCAGCAGCUAGCAGUUCUCUGUGGCAGAGAGAUCCCUGGACCCAUCCGGUCUACUGGAGAGUACAUGUUCAUCCAUUUCACCUCGGACUUCAGCAUAACCAGGGCGGGCUUCAAUGCAUCCUUUCACACGAGUUGUGGUGGCUAUUUGCAUGCAGACAGAGGGAUUAUCACAUCACCCAACUACCCAGAGACCUACCCUCCCAACCUCAACUGCUCUUGGCACGUCCUGGUUCAGAGAGGCCUGACCAUCGCUGUCCAUUUUGAACAGCCCUUCCAGAUUCCAAAUAGCGACUCUUCCUGUAACCAGGGGGAUUACUUGGCGCUCAGAAACGGACCUGAUAUCUAUUCUCCACCCUUGGGACCUCAUGGAGGAAAUGGUCGCUUCUGUGGCAGUCGUCCUUCAUCCACUCUGUUCACCUCAGAUAAUCAAAUGCUUGUUCAGUUUAUUUCUGAUAAUAGUAAUGGAGGGCAAGGAUUUAAGAUCACAUAUGAGGCAAAGAGUUUAGCCUGUGGGGGCAAUAUCUACAUCCACGAUGCGGAUGCUGCCGGAUAUGUGACCUCCCCCAACCACCCGGACAGCUAUCCCCAGCACGCUGAUUGCAUCUGGCUCAUAGCCGCUCCCCCCGGAAAGCUCAUAAGGCUGCAGUUUGAAGAUCAAGUCAGUAUUGAAGUCACACCCAAUUGUACAUCCAAUUAUCUUGAGUUGCGAGAUGGAGCUGAUUCAAAUGCACCAAUAAUUUCCAAGUUUUGUGGGACAGCUUUGCCCAGAAGUCAGUUGUCCUCAGGAGAGGUGAUGUAUUUGAGAUUCCGGUCUGACAACAGCUCCACUCAUGUGGGAUUCAAGGCUAAGUAUUCUAUAGCCCAGUGUGGGGGAAUAGUGACAGGGCAAAGUGGUGUCAUCGAAAGCAUCGGAUAUCCAACACUUCCGUAUACAGAUGAUUUAUUCUGUGAAUGGCAUCUCCAGGGUCCCUCAGGACACUAUCUCACCAUCCAUUUUGAAAACUUUAACCUUCAGAAUUCCUCUGGCUGUGAAAAAGACUUUGUGGAGAUCUUGGAAAGCCAUGCCUCUGGAAAUGUACUGGGCAGAUACUGUGGAAACACCCUUCCUGACAGCAUAGACACUUCUAGCAAUGUAGCUUUGGUCAGGUUUGUGACAGAUGGCUCUCUUACUGCCUCAGGAUUCAGACUACGGUUUGAUUCCAGUUUGGAAGAGUGUGGUGGGGAUCUCCAGGGCCCCAUGGGAACCUUUAUGUCUCCCAACUACCCAAACCCAAAUCCUCAUGGUCGGGUCUGCAUGUGGAGAAUCACCGUACCGGAAGGAAGACGGGUCACCCUAACUUUUAACAACCUGAGGCUGGAAGCUCAUCCAUCCUGCACCAGCGAGCAUGUGACAGUACUCAAUGGCCUUAGAAGUAACUCACCCCAGCUUGAAAAGCUGUGUAGCAGUGUGAAUGGAAGCAAUGAGAUCAAGUCUUCAGGAAAUACAAUGGAAGUCAUUUAUUUCACAGAUGGAUCCAGGCCAUAUGGAGGCUUCACUGCUUCCUACACGUCCAGUGAAGAUGCAGUGUGUGGGGGGCCCCUUACAAAUUCCCCUGAAGGAAACUUUACUUCUCCUGGCUAUAAUGGAGUCAGUAAUUACUCAAGAAACCUAAACUGUGAAUGGACUCUCAGCAAUCCAAAUCAGGGAAAUUCAUCCAUUUACAUUCAUUUUGACGUUUUUCACCUAGAACGUCACCAAGACUGUCAAUUUGAUGUCCUAGAGUUCCGAGUGGGUAAUGCUGAUGGGCCUCUGAUAUGGAGAUUGUGUGGACCUUCAACCCCUAGGAUGCCAUUGGUUAUUCCUUAUUCUCAGGUAUGGAUACACUUUGUCACCAACGAACGUGUAGAACAUAUUGGAUUCCAUGCAGAGUAUUCCUUUACAGGCUGCGGUGGAAUACAGAUGGGUGAGAGUGGAGUGAUCACAAGCCCCAACUAUCCAGCCUCGUAUGACAGCUUGACCCACUGUGCUUGGCUGCUGGAAGCGCCACCAGGCCACACUAUCACUCUUACGUUUAAUGACUUUGACAUUGAAGACCAUGCAACCUGUUCUUGGGACUCUGUCACUGUCAGAAAUGGUGGCUCCCCUGGUUCACCCAUAAUAGGACAAUACUGUGGAAGGUCAAACCCCAGGCCGAUACAGUCUGGUUCUAACCAGCUGGUGGUGAUUUUUAACUCGGACCAUGAUGUGCAAAAUGGUGGCUUUUAUGCUACAUGGAGCACACAAACUUUAGGUUGUGGUGGAAUACUUCACUCAGAUAACGGUACAAUCCGAUCCCCUCACUGGCCGCAGAAUUUCCCCGAGAACAGCCAGUGUUCCUGGACGGUCAUUACGCACGGAAGUAAUCACUUGGAGAUCACCUUUGACCGCAACUUCCUCAUCCCCAGUGGGGACGGACAGUGCCAGGGCAGCUUUGUGAAGGUGUGGGCAGGAACUGAGGAGGCGGACAAAGCCCUGUUAGCCACAGGCUGUGGGAACGUGGCUCCUGGUGCCAUCACCACACCAAGAAACGCGUUCACCGCCGUGUUCCAGUCUCAGGACGCCCCCGCUCAGGGCUUCUCUGCAUCCUUUGUAAGCCGAUGUGGAGGUAAUUUCAGUAAGCCUUCAGGUUACAUCAUUUCUCCAAACUACCCAAAGCAAUAUGACAACAACAUGAAUUGCACCUACGUCAUAGAGGCUAAUCCUCUGUCCGUGGUCCUCUUGACAUUUGUGUCUUUCCAUUUGGAAGCUCGCUCAGCAGUGACGGGAAGUUGUGACAGCGACGGUGUGCACAUCAUCAGGGGUUACAGCAUAGCUUCCACGCCUUUGGCCACUGUGUGUGGUGAUGAGACCCUAUCCCCUGUCACCAUCUCUGGUCCUAUGCUGCUUAACUUCUACUCUAACUCACACACCACCGACUUUGGAUUCAAGUUUUCCUAUAAGAUAACCUCCUGUGGGGGUGUGUUCAACUUCUCCAUGGGGAUCAUCACAAGCCCUGUCUAUUCGUAUUCGGACUACCCUAACAGCAUAUACUGCUUGUAUAACAUCACCGUUGCAGACAACAAAGUGAUCCUGCUCAAGUUUAUUGAUUUUGAUGUGGUCCCCUCCACCUUCUGCUCCCAAGACUACCUGGCAAUUUAUGAUGGUGUUAACAUCAGUGAUCCCCUUCUCGGCAAAUUCUGUGAUUCCAAUCUUCCAGCAAAUGUUAAGAGCAACAGUAAUAGUAUGCUUCUGGAGUUCAAGACAGACUCAUCUCAAACAGCCAGAGGUUGGAAGGUAUCUUUCCGGCAGACACUGGGGCCUCGACAAGGAUGUGGUGGCUAUCUGACACCUUCAAAUUAUACCUUUGCCUCUCCUGAUACUGAUUCAAAUGGAAGAUACGACAAGAAUUUAAACUGCGUAUGGUUCAUAGUUGCACCUAUAAACAAACUAAUCAAACUCACCUUCAAUACAUUUGCUCUGGAGUCAGCAACUGAUUUGCAAAACUGCAUCUAUGAUUAUGUGAAGUUAUAUGAUGGGGAUAGUGAAAAUGACAACUUGGCUGGAACGUUUUGUGGUCCCACUGUACCUGCUCCCUUUAUCUCUUCUAGUAACUUCCUGACAGUUCAAUUUGUCAGUGACAUAAGUGUAGAAAGGGAAGGAUUUAAUGCUACAUAUACCAUCAUCAACAUGACUUGUGGUGGAACCUAUAAUGCAACCCAGACCCCACAAAAUAUUUCAUCACCCAAUUCAUCAAAUCCAGAUGUCCCAUUUUCCACCUGUACUUGGGUCUUUGAAGCUCCCCCACAUCAGCAGGUCGAGAUAAAGGUGUGGACACUACAGCUGCCCUCGCAAGACUGCCACCAGAAUUACCUAGCGUUUCAGGACGCACCGCAGGUAAUAAGUACAAGUGAGAAGGACUUAGCUUGCUGGUCACAGGGAGAUCUUCUCAAUAAACCCGUAACUGAUGCGGACGGUGCACGGAGCCAGUGCCUCUAUUUUGCUAUAAAAACCCUGGAGCUCACCUGGCUGUCCUUUGCAAACUCUGUGGAGAAUGAAUUCAAUUCUCAGGAAAUACACGGAGGUGCCAGAUNUGGAGACAGUGGCUCCUUCACCAGCCCUGGCUAUCCAGGCACUUACCCGAACCACACUCACUGCGAAUGGGCCAUCAUCGCUCCUGCCGGAAGACUUGUCACCGUCAGGUUUUAUUUUAUCAGCAUUGACGACGCCGGAGACUGUGUCCAGAAUUAUCUCAUCCUCCAUGAUGGACCAGAUGUUAAUUCUCCAUCCUCUGGACCGUAUUGCGGUGCUGUGAGUAACGCAAGCUUUAAAAAUUCCCAUUUGUCAUGUGUAAAUAACGAAAGUAACUUAGGAUACACUUUUAAAGGCAGACACACGCAAAGUAAAAAGCACAGUGUACUUUUACAAAUUCGGUGUAGUUUUGUUUAUUUUGGGGGCGCGAGUGCCACCUAG